AUGUGUGCUUCUCUCUUUAUUGUGCUUCUCUCUUUUAUAACUGCUUCUCUCUUUAUAUGUGCUUCUCUUUAUUCUCUUUUAUACGUGUGCUUCUCUCUUUUUGUUUUAUCUCUCAUCUUCUCUCUUUAUGUGUGCUUCUCUCUUUUUAUGUGUGCUUCUCUCUUAUAUGUGUGCUUCUCUCUUUUUUAUAUGUGCUUCUCUCUUUUAUGUGUGCUUCUCUCUUUUUUUUUAUGUGUGCUUCUCUCUUUUAUGUGUCUCUUAUUCUCUCUUUUUUAUGUGCUUCUCUCUUUUCUUUAUAUGUGUGCUCUCUUUUAUGUGUGCUUCUCUCUUUUUUGUGUGCUUCUCUCUUAUUUGAUUCUCUCUUUUAUGUGUGCUUCUCUCUUUUAUGUGCUUCUCUUUAUAUGUGUGCUUCUCUCUUUUUAUGUGCUUCUCUCUUAUACGUGUGCUUCUCUCUUUUAUGUGUGUUUCUCUUUAUAUAUGUCUGAACUCUUUCAUUAUGCAACUUCUCUCUUUUUUGUUUUUUAUAACUCUCUUUUAUGUGUGAACUUCUCUCUUAUACAAUGCACUUCUCUCUUUUUGUUUAUUCUCUUUUUUAUGUGUCUUCUCUCAUACGUGUGCUUCUCUCUUUUUAUGUGUGCUUCUCUUUUUUUUAUAACUGCUUCUCUCUUAUAUGUGUGA